AUGUCAAGAUCAGAAUCUGAUUCGAAAUCUGACUCAUCGCCAAAGCACUUGCAAUAUUGUGAUCGACCAGAAUGGUCCGAUGUUGUACCAAUUGAACAAGAUGAUGGACCCAAUGCCGUCGUAAAAAUAGCUUAUUCAGAAGCAUUUCGUGAUACGUUUGAUUAUCUACGUGCAUAUGAAGCAUUAGCAUUUGUCGGACGAAUGAUCGAAUCGAAUCCAAAAAAUUAUCAAUUUUGGGAACAUCGUCGAUUAAUUGUCGAAAUUUCAGGUCAUUCAUCAAAUGAAUUAUCAUUUAUUGCAAGUAUUAUUAAAUUGGAUUCGAAAAAUUAUCAUGCAUGGCAAUAUCGCCAAUGGGUUCUUAAAACUUAUGUACUUUGGUCGGAUGAAUUACAAUAUGUUGAUCAUUUAUUACAAGAAGAUAUUAGAAAUAAUUCGGCAUGGAAUCAAUGUUAUUUUGUUAUAGCUCAUACAACAGGUUUCAAAGAUGAUAUUAUCGAACGUGAAUUAGGUUAUGUUGAAAAACGCAUUGAGCUAUGCCCGGAUAAUGAAAGUGCAUGGAAUUAUUUACGUAGUAUUGCAAGACUUCGUUUAGCCAGUUUAACUGAUCAACGUAUAUGGAAUUUUUGUCGAGAUUCGUAUGAAAACAAUUUUCUAAAAGAUGAUUUUAAUAGUCAACAAUGA